GCAAAUUUGUGACAGAAGUAAAAGAUUUUAUGGGAUUGUCGCACCAGAUUCAAUUUUUGAGGCAUAUUUUAAGCUUCUGUUUCCUCAUGAUCAUCACAAUCAAGAGGCCCAUUUCCCUUUUCUCACACCUACAACCAGAAUCCGAAUCGUUGAUUUUAUACUACAUAGAACUGUGAUCAAAAAUGAAAUGUACUUGAAAGAUCUGAUUAAAAAGAAUGUGUUUGAAUCAGCAUAUCCCCUCCAUGAGGACAGUGAAUUACGUACAAGGCUGAAUCUUCAUUGGGCUACCUGGAAGAAAUGCUGUUCAUAUCAGCCAAUUAAUGAUAUCAGGCAAUACUUUGGUGAGAAAGUGGCCUUGUAUUUUGCAUGGCUUGGAUGGUACACAGUGAUGUUGAUACCUGCUGCACUAGUGGGACUCAUAGUCUUUUUAUAUGGAUUAGUCUACUUUGAUAACAGCAAGAUCAGUGAGGAAAUCUGUAAUGCAAAUACUACCAUCAUGUGCCCACUGUGUGAUCAGAAGUGCCCUUUUUGGUUGCUUUCAGAGACUUGCACAUAUGCCAAGGUGACGCAUCUAUUUGACAAUGAAGGCACAGUUUUCUUUGCACUGUUUAUGGCUUUAUGGGCCACUGUAUUCUUGGAGCUGUGGAAGCGAGCAAGAGCUAGAAAUGUGUGUGACUGGGAUUUGUUCUUCUGGGAUGAAGAUGAGGAAGAAAUUGCCCUAGAUCUCAUUAAUGACCCUAACAAGAAGUUGAAAUUGUAUCAGCACUCAUAUCCUCGCAUCAUAACUUUAAUGCUCUUGGUUGCUGUUAUGAUUGCAGUUUUAAUUGGCUUAACUCAUGCCAUUGUUGUUUAUCGGGUCUGGGCAACAAUGGAGUUUACAAAGUAUAACUCCAGUUUUCUGAAAGAACAUGCUAAUACAGCGGCAGUGAUAACAGGGGCUGUACUGCACUACAUUGCUAUCACUGUUAUGACAGAGAUAAAUAAACGUGUAUCACUUCUUCUCUGCAAGCUAGAACAGCCAAGGACAGAAUCAGCUCAUGAGAACAACUUCACAGUGAAAAUGUUUACAUUCCAGUUUUUCACUUUGUUCUCAUCACUUAUAUACAUUGCAUUUUUCUUGGGGAGAAUCAAUGGUCAUCCUGGCAGUUAUGUAAGAAUUGCAGGACAGUGGCGGUUAGAGGAGUGUCAUCCAAGUGGCUGCAUCACUGAUCUGUUCAUUCAAUUAUGCAUCAUCAUGGUCCUCAAGCAAACAGUGAAUAACGUUUUUGAAUACACAACUCCAUGGCUACGUUAUAAAUAUAGAAAACUAAAAGACUCUACAAGGAGAAGUGCAAGGGUGCAUUCAGAAGAUGGAGAUACUGCCAGACUUAAGGCCUGGUUACAGAAAAAUGAAAUGAUGAAUAAUGUUGGCACAUUUAGCUUGUUUAAUGAGUUCCUGGAAAUGGUGAUCCAAUAUAGUUUUACCACUAUUUUUGUUGCGGCAUUUCCACUGGCGCCAUUGCUUGCCCUCCUGAAUAAUAUUAUUGAGAUUCGACUGGAUGCAAUUAAGAUGCUCAGGUUUAAUAAAAGGAUAGUUCCUAAAAAGGUCAAUGACAUAGGAAUUUGGCUACAGGUUCUAGAAGCAAUUGGUGUGUUAGCAGUCAUUGGUAAUGCAUUGGUGAUUGCCAUAACAUCAGACUUCAUCCCUCGACUGGUGUAUAAGUUUCAUUAUGGACCAUGUGGCACACAGAAUAAUACAGAUGUUGACUGCAUGACUGGGUACAUCAACAAUACACUGUCAGUAUUCUUUGUAAAAGACUUUGAGAAACGCACAGACAUCGAUGAAGCAUUGAAAAGCACGAUCACCUAUUGCAGGUAUCGGGAUUAUAGAAAUCAAGAAGAUUAUCGUCAUACAGUUCAGUUCUGGCAUAUUUUUGCAGCAAGACUAGCAUUUGUCAUACUGUUUGAGCAUGUUGCAGUUUGCAUCAAGUUCAUAGCUGCUUGGUUUGUGCCAGAUGUUCCUCGGGGAGUAAACAACACGUAUCUUGAAUCCAAACAUGAAAGACUCCAGCUAAUCAUACUCUCGAGAUCAACAGACGUGUGAACAGUUGUGGAUGAGGAAGAAUUAUCUUCGUAAUAUUUUAGCCAGUUUUCCUCACUGUCUCAUCUAAUGCCUGGAGAACACUACAUUUUUUUAUCUACCAUUCUACUAGCCUUAACUGAGGUGAUAGUUAGUGGAACAAAAUCUGUGUUAUGCUCUAGCCCUUAUGGACCUGUGGCCACGUCUGCAUUUCAGUCAUCUGGAAAUCCACACAGAAGACUUGUCUUACACUGCACCUUUGUUCAGUGCAACUGUUUACAGUUAAAUUCUAGACUUCUCGAUGAUGAGUAUUUAAUUUAAACUUUUGUAAAUGGUGAGUUCUGGAGGCCACUUAUGGAAUUAUGGAGGUACUCAUUAUCCAUACUGCGACAAAAAUCUGAAGAAGUAUAUGAUACCAGAAGAUUUUCAUCUUUUUGCAGAAGUUACUAACAGAGCUGCUGUAAAUUUUAGCAAAGAAGCCAUAUGAAGAAGUGAAAUCAUUAUAUGUUUUUCUAAUGGGUCUCUACUUGCAGUUUCUUAUGCUUUCAGUUAUACAGUCAUGACUGACUGUGAAUAGACAUGUUAACUUCUGUUAUUGCACACACGUUUCUCUAGAAGUAACUUUUAACAUACUUGUCUAUUCACAUGCACAACUUUUCCUAACUGAAGUAGUAUAGCAGAAGCAUUCCUGUAGAUUUCAUAUGGGUAUAGCUAUGAGAUGCCACAAAGAAAAAAAAAAAAGAGGAAACAUGAAUUAAACUUGUACUUCUAGGUGUCAGACAAAACUUGUUGUAUUAAUGACUGUAAGUAUAAAUGUUGGGAACAAUGAGAAUAUAUGUAUAUCCUUCAGGCAUGGGAAACUGAGAUUAGUUGUUGUGAGUGCUCUGAACAAAACGUUCAGUUGGUAUGACAAAGGCAAUCAAUGUUACAUCUGCUGUACUAAGUCAUUUGGAAAAUAGCACAGACUACAUAGCUUUUUGUUUGAUGAAAUUAGACUUAAAGCUUGUAACCACUUUAGAUGUGCCAGAAUUAUGAAAUUAGCCAAAAAUGAAUCUAUCAUUGGUUCAAAUCUGUGUAUGCACUGUACACUGAAGAAAAAGAAGAGAGAGAAAUGUGCUUCUUAGAAGUUACUUAUGGGGCAUGAUUGUCUGCAUUUACUUGUUAUAUUCAGGCUGUGGAUCAAUUCAUGAUGACAGAGAGAGCAUUUUACUUUUUUAUAUAAUUUUAUGGUUGUACUAAGACACAGGUAUGAAGAAAGCAACGUCAUUAUCUAAAUUUUUAAAGGAUCCAUAUUUGAAGUAUCUUAUGUUUACAGCUUUAAUUUUACUUUACGACUGACUGUGAUUUAACAAGCUUAAGUUACUGUAUAGUUAUACGUUUUUACUUCUAUAAAGUAAACGAUACCACAGAACUUUGUGUUUUUGCACAACUUUUCAAACCUAAUUCAAAGACUACAUAAAGAUUAUAACUGCAGAUUUGUUUCUCAUUUGUUUUAGUCUUGGGACACAAGUAAUCAAUAGAAAGAGCCUAAAGGACAACUACAUCUUAGUCAGAAUAUUUCCUUUUCACAGGGUAUACUUUUCCUUAAUAGAAAAUGCUCCAUAUAUUACCAUAUGUAAAAAGCAUAUUACAACUGUUUCUUCCAUGCUGUGGCAUUUCUGUCCUGUUCAAUUUCCUCAGUACGCACCAUGUUGAGUGUGAAUGAACUCUCACAAUACUCAUUAAUUUGACUUACUGGCCAUUACAUAGUCUUGCUUAUCACAUUUUAAUGGUUUUGGCUAAGGAAUAACUCCACAGUGAACUGCUGGAGUUAUAAACCAAUUGACUCUAUAGGAAUUCACAACACUUUUAAAAUGUAGAGCCCUUUACAGCUGCUUUCUUGUCCUUUUCUGAGGAUAUAACCUUAUUGAGUCUUUGGGAAUUCACAAGUAGUUUACUUUAUACUCUCAAGCAAAGAAAAUAAUAGCAAUGGCAAAACAGUCUGACUUGAAAGGCUGAAUCCUGAUUUUCAAAAGUCUGAUUUGAGACUUGCACCAGAAUAAGAAAUUGCUUAUUGCAGUAUGUUUAAAGCAUGACAGAGAACCAAAGCUAGGGAAUGUCAUUGAAAGUAAGUUUUGGACACUUUGUCUAGAAAGUCUCAAAAUUUGCAGUAAUCCUUAGCUCUGCCAGUCUAAAUAAAUGCAAGCUUGGCCUGGCAUAGGAGAACUGUAUACAAAAUAUUCAUCUUUUGCUGACUUAUACUACAUUAUGGGAAAAUAAUGAAAAGCCCAGCUAAAGAAAAAAAUAAUAAAAUAAAUAUUGUCAAUAUUUCUACACCCCUCAAGGGGGUGUUGAAUGAGAGAAAAAGUACUCUGGUGUAAGAAAUCAAGAUAAAAUUAAAAAAGUAUAUUUUUUAGGUUGCCAGUUAUCAUAGUCCUUUAAGCUUGCAUAUCCAUCCAUCAAUCAACAACCCCUUUUUCCCAUUUUUGCACAUGGGGUUGGGGUGUCACUUCAACAGUGACAAUCAUGUAGAGCCAAGGCUUACACCGCCAGGUGUCUAGCACUGCAACAGUAGUUCUUCCACACCACAUACUCACACCUAUGGCCAGUUUAGAGUGCCCAAUCUACCUACUGCAUGUCUUUGAAAUGAGGAAACCGGAGCACCUGGAGGAAGGCACGCAAUCACAGGGAGGGCCUGCAGACUCUGCACAGAAGGCUCCCCAGCUGAGACUCGAACUGGGGAACCUCUUUCUGUGAGGGAACAACGCUAUCCACUGCACCACUGUGCCACCCAAGUUUGCAACUACUUCAUCAAAAUGAACUUAACUUAUUGUCUCUUAGUGAUUCAUAAAUAUCUGCAAUAGUCUGGAAAAUUAGAAAUUAACUGAUGAGAAACGUUAGCAGCUGCAAAACUGAUACAAUCAUAGAGUGUGAACUCGUAACAAUAAACUAGAUUAAUUGUUGCUGAGUCUAGAAUCAUUGUUUAUGCAUGCCUUAGUUCUGCGUUUAAGAGAUGAGAGUUAUAAUAAGGACUUACAUUCUAAAAUUGGGCAAAAGCAUAGUCCAAACCCGUAACAUGCUCAUUCAUAUCAAGUAUUCCAUCUGCCCAUUUCAAUAUAAACAUCACAUGCUGAAGAAAAGUACAUGAAAGGUGUUUGGCGCAUUCAUUUCCCUAGGAAAAAGAAAUAAUUGUGCUGAGACAGGUGCUAUCAUCUACAAGGAGGCAGAGUUUUUCAUUUACACCCUACUUUUUCUCUGUGCAUAUUCACUAACGGAUGCUCUAUCCCCUUAAAGCAAAAUCCCUCAUUGGUUCUGUUAUCCCCACCAUGAAAUUCAUUGAAACAUGCAUUCUCAAUCACAGCCAGAUCAAGUACUAGGAGAACUAAGUAGUUGCCCAGGGCCUGCUUGCUGGCGGGAGCCCACUUGCUGCCGCAACAUUUAAUUUAAACAAAACAAAUUUUAAUGUUUUUCUUUAUUGAUGCACUGUGCUUGUGAUUUCUUCUUUAAGGAUGCACUCUACUUCUUGCAUGCAUUUUUAGUAUGAUGUACAUACAGCAAUGUGGAUGAACUGUCUUGCUUUCACAUAGGAUUUAGUUAAGAACAACUGCUUGCUGCUAUGAUGAGACAAACAAGUGUGAGUCAUUCCUUCAGAAGGUGAGUACUCAGGCUCAAACCCUUACCUUGAUUAUAAGGGGCAAGAGUCUAAAUACUCUACACCAACUACUAGACUGCUCAUUUAGUUAUCAGGGGGUGCAUUUUCAAGGGGAAAAGAAAGAGAAGUUUACUGUUGCUCAUU